AUGAAUACUACAAACAAUAGCAGUGGCAGCGGCGGCAGCGGUAGCAACAGCAAUAGUAACAACAACAACAGUAGUAGUAGUAGUAGAUCAAACAAUAGGAAUUGGAGAGGCAGUGACUCAUACUCAAAGUCAUCGAGCAUCAGUAACAGUAUACCUAUACUCAUCAAUGAUAUAUUCAAUGUAACAGCACUGGCCGAUAUGUCAACCUUAUCCCAACAACAGCAAUACCAUCAACAACAAAAGAAACACAAUCAACAUCAACAACAUGGAUGUACAUCACCUUCAUCAUCACCUCCAAAGUCAUCAUCAUCAUUAUCGACAAAGUCAACAUCAUCAUCAUCAUCAUCAUCGCUAUUAUCAACAUCACCUUCAUCUACAUUGCGCAAGUCGUCCGAUCAGUUGACAUCGCUCUUCUUGCCGCCCACAAUGAACUUUGUACAUAGCUCACACCUUGGUCAAUCGACGACCAUAUCGGCUAUGCUGACGACGACGACAUCAACGAAUGCACCAACAUUCUUACCAACACCGUCGGCGGGUGGUGGCUCUUCGAUAGUCCGCUCGACAUCACCCUCAUCAGCAAUGUUUGGGUCAAGCCUCGACAACAGCAGCAACAACAGCAGUGACACCUUACAGCCACCACGGACACCAACAUCCACAUCAUUGAGUCAAACGUCGCCAGCAUCAUCGACACGACACUCUCCCAAGCACUCUCCGCGCUCCAGCGGCAUCGUCAGCUCACCACGCUCAAUGUCCACGCCAAACAUCAUGUCAAUACCUCCCAACUCGGCAACGUCACUCCUUUCAUCACCUCGCACCGUCUCACCCAACCACGCCCAGCAGCAACAGUCGCAACAAUCCAACCCCUCACCAUCGCCCAAGACCAAGCCCAUUCAGUUCCAACUAAGCACUGCAGGCUCGCGAACCAGGUUCACCAAUCAGGACGAGCUAAAGGAGCUCAAGCGAAGGACUAGUGCCCCAACGCCCAUCGUGCCAGGCAGCACGUCGGCGAACCUGCACAACACAUUCGGCAAGAUCAACGAGGAGAUAUCGAACGACAUUGAGGAAGACGAUAAUGUAGUGGCAUCCGACGGAGAAGAUGAAUCAGACUAUUCCUCGUACUCUGAUGAUGACGAUGUCGAUGUUGACGAUGGCGAUGAGUCAGACUACUCGUCGUCAUCAUCCGCAGAGCUGUCAAAGGAUGAUAUCAAGUCUACAAACAACUCGGCAGCAGUCAGCACUGGCACUGGCACUGGCGGCAACAACAACACAAUCUUAAAGUCAAUGUUCCAGUUACAUCUAUCAGGUCUGUCACAGGAUGGAACGGGUCAGCAACAACCACAGCAACAGCAACAGAGGGUCAAGUUCAGUGGCGGCACAAAGGGCGAUGCGGAGAGAUCACCAAGGAAGCUGAAUCAGAGCCAGUCAACAUCGUCGAUACUCUCUGGCUGGAACAAGUCGAUUGAACUCAUUCAUAGUGAUCUCAAGAAGCAGCAACAGUUACAGACAUCGCCUCAUAGCAGUAACUCGGUGCAAGAGUCCGACGACAAUGUUCAAGUGGGGAGCAGCUGCGAGUUUGACCUCAGCAACCCAAAGAUCACACUCAUCGUCAAGCCACCAACCGAUGAGACUGUUGUUGUUGUUGGCCCAGGAAGCAGCAGUAGUAGUGGCGAGCAACCCUUGUUCUCGGCGCCAUUGAAGCAGCAAGGCUUGCCUCCAAAGCCUUUGCCACAGGUAGUAUCAUCAUUGGUGCCACCAUCGGCGACCUCAGUGGAUGGCGAGCCAAAGAAGUACAAGUCGUCGAGACACCCACUGGUGCGUGGUUCGUCUGCACCUGUCAUUCGCAACACUGCACAGAGGAAGACCAGUCUCCUGGACAUCUCAAUCAACAACAGACUGCAACAGAACAAGCUAUCCACUCCAACUUCAUCGAAUGCCUCCAGUGCCAACUCUACUGCGUCAGUGUCACCUCAACAUCAACCUCAGCCUCAGCCCCAAGUACAGCCACAGACUCAAGCCCAGCCACAACAGAGUAACAAGAAUCCUACAUUUAUGGGACAGUCUCCUCAACAACAACACAAGCCUGUGAGCGCACAAUCUGAGAUGAGCGAUGAGUUCUUUGAGUUGCAUGUGCGAGACAUUGCAGCCGAUCCCGAGAAGAAGAGAUUGCUUAUGGAAUACAUGAUGAGGAUGAAGUUGAUGCCUACGAGUCACGCCAAGACCGACAAGCAACAACAGCAACAGCAGCAGCAGGACGACUCAAUGCUGUUGGUAACUCCCCCGCUCAGCGCGGCGGCGCCUCCAACAUCAAAGUCACAAUACCAUCCACUCCAGUCGAGGAAGUCCACAUCAAACAUACACAGUGGACUGGGCGGUCUGGGCUUUGGAAGCCAGCACAGUGGAGAUGGUGGUAUCAAGAGCUCGUCGCAGUCAUCGACCAGUUCAUCGGCGUCCUCCGACUCGCCGUCACGGUCACAGUCGCCCUCGCCACGUAGUCAUCUCGGAGCCGAUGGUAUCAAGGUGUUCCCGGGCGACUCUGACACUCCUGAUCUGCGAAACCCGCGCGAGCGUCCAUCAGCCAUUCGCAAGCGCUCCGAACCAUCGCUGAUAUCACCAUUGUCGCUGACGCCUCGCAAGACGGGUCGUCUCUCCCUGUCACCAUCACUCGACCUUGCAUCAUCAAACACCACACCAACUUCGACAUCGUCGUCGUCGUCAACGACUGUGCCUCCUCCACCCGCUGGUGGUGCAACAAAGUUGGAACUGCCCACAGUCAGUGCAGCCCCGACCACAUCAUCACGGCCUACAGUCAGUCGUCGACUGUCGGGCAACAUCAAUCGACAUCUAACCACCCCACUCUCCACCAUCACACUACCAUCAUCCAAAUCCGAGGCUGUGGCAGCGCUUCUGUCCACUGCCAAUGCGCCCACGCCAAGGAGACCCGAGACACAAUCAAACGAACCAACGACGACGCCAACGACGACGACUAGCACAACGCCAUCGAUUGAGAUACAUCAGCACCAUCACCAUCAACAACAACAACAACCGAAUGUUCAUGACCUGGUCGAGCCGUCCAAUCAAGCGACCUCACUCAGCUUCUCUCCUGAGAGGCUUGUAUAUCAUCACCAUCAGCAGUCCAUGCUGGCCAACAAAUCACUUUCACCAACUCACAUGUCACUGUCUACAGGCGGCACCAACAACAACACGAUGUCAUCCGAGUCAUCUCCACACAGCUCAACCGACAGCAGUGUGUUUGUGGCAACCAAGCCGAGUGGCAAGGUGAUGACACUGACACUGCUCUCGAACUGGGGCGACAGCAAUUAUAUUGGACUGUCUGGCAUCGACAUGUUUGACUACGCAGGUGACUACAUCACACUGAAGGACAUAUCCACCCAACUCCGUUGCCAACCACCUCCUGGCGAUGACAUUGCCAAGAUCAUUGAUCGAUGUCCACGCACCCUAGACGACCUCCAUCUAUGGCAGGCACCCUUCCAAGAGAGCUCAAUCGUCCAGACCAGCAUCACUGUCAUCUUUGAUUCAGUGCUCACAUUGUCCAUGAUCAGGAUAUGGAACUACAACAAGUCAAGGAUACACUCAGCGAGAGGCGUAAAGGACAUGGAGAUAAGGUUGGAUAAUCAGUUGAUAUUCAAAGGAUCGAUAAAGCGUGCACCUGGAAGUCUGCGGGAGUGUGAUGAGUGCGCUGAGUACAUAUUGUUCACGAAUGAGGAAGUUGUGCUUCAGACGAUCGAGCAGAACGAUCCAUUCUCGCCAUCACAGUUCCAAGAGGAGGAGUUUGACCAUGAGGACAGCAGCAGCCCUGAUCCCAACGUUGGAGAUCAGCUCAAAGUGCGCGACCUGAACCCACACAUGGAGCACCUCUUCUCGCGAAUCAACUUUGAAAGGGAGGGCAAGUUGUCGUCGCGACGCGCGAGCGAGAGCGACUUUACUGUCUCACGGCUGGAGCACCUGCCGCAGCAGACAAGCCAUCAGAUCGCUGGCAAUGAUGGAUGCUACGAGGAGAUCAAUGUGUCCUCUCUGCCCAAGGGCCGACGCAUCAAGUUCCACUUCAAGUCGACGUGGGGCGACAAGUGCUACCUGGGGCUCACAUCGAUCCAGGUGUACGACCAGAACUAUAAGCUCAUCAAGCUGACCAUGCAGAACCUGUCGGCCUAUCCCAAAGACAUCAACGACAUCCCGGGACACAGCGGCGACUAUCGAACGUUGGACAAGCUUAUCGACGGCCACAACCUGACGAUGAACGACCAGCACAUGUGGCUGAUCCCUCUAUUCCACCAGCACCACAUUCACAAGGGCACUGAACAAGAUCAACUUGAGCGCCACCUGACCAUCGACCUCGGCCAGGCGACCUCAAUCAGUUGCAUCCGGGUGUGGAACUAUAACAAGAGUCAGGAGGAUGCCGCACGAGGCGCCAAGCAUGUGGAUAUCACAUUGGAUGGCCAGAAGCUCUCGCCCGAAGGAUUCAUAUUCAGGAAGGCGCCAGGCAAUGACCUCUACGACUUUGGACAGGUAAUCUCAUUCGUCCACUUUGACAAGCAUCCAGUCAAGUUGGAGCCGUUUGAGAGACAGCUCACUCUUCCCAAGUCGGUGUACAUUCCUCAAGACUACCAGACCCUACAGCUACCAACUGGAUUCAUUAUCAAGAUAGUGAUAGUGUCAUCAUGGGGAGACACGAGCUAUGUCGGCCUGAAUGGCAUCCAGCUGUAUGAUUGGAAUGGACUGGCAUUCAAACCAUCACCGAGCAAUGUUGUAAUCACCAAUGGCAACGAUCGAUUGAUAGAGAGACUGUUUGACGGCGUAAACAACAGCUACGAUGAGAGACAUUCUUGGACGACACAGGUGCACCACCUGUCUGACCACUCGACCACAUUCAUCCCCGUCAGCAUUUGUAUAUACUUUGACUACCCCGUCUCACUGUCAAUGGUCAAGUUCUGGAACUACAGCAGGAUGCUCCAGCGUGGCGUCCAAGAGUUUGAGAUACAUCUCGAUGAUUACCUCAUAUUCAAGGGCAAGCUAUCGCCUGCACCAGCACAUCCUUCAUCUUCCUCAUCAUUGAACAACUUGGCAGUUAACACAACGUCGUCAACAUCCCCUCCUACUGGAGUUGCUGGAGCUGGUGUUGGUGGUGGAGACAGCAGUCCGCCAACCAACUCUCCUGGCGCCACAGUGGAUUGGUCACAGACUAUACUGUUUAGUCAUCACAAUGAGCAUCUACAGAAGGAGAAGAUCUAUCGAUACACAAAGAUGGAGCAAGUGGUCCAGUUCAUCAACAAUGGACUGGUCAUACCAUCGUCAAGGCGGCAUCCACAGCAUUACCAUCAACAGACCACCGGCCACAAACAACUCUCUUCGCCUUUCAAUCAUUGA